GUGCUUUCAAUUUCUCACCCAGAAGUCUGGCCUAUAAAUUUGUAAGGAACUCUUGAGAGGUUUUUUUUUUUUGUUGAAGCAGAAACACUGGGAGCUGUGGACCCCAUUGGAACCCUAGCCGAUAACCCAGUCAGAGUUUAGAGUCAACCCUGAUGAACUCUGAAAGUGCUGACUCUCCAAAGGAAGUCUCAAAUACAAGAGGAGAACUUAUAAUGGAACUUUCACCUCUUGAGUUACCAGCUAACACAGUCCGACGCAUCGCAUCUGAACUUAGAUGUCACCCAACAGAUGAGAGGGUUGCCCUCCGCCUCGAUGAGGAAGAUAAGCUGAGGCACUUCAGGGAGUGUUUUUAUAUUCCUAAAAUGCAGGAUCUGCCUCCAAUUGAUUUAUCUUUAGUGAAUAAGGAUGAAGAAGCCAUCUAUUUCUUGGGAAAUUCUCUUGGGCUUCAACCAAAAAUGGUUAAAACAUAUCUGGAAGAAGAACUAGAUAAGUGGGCCAAAAUGGGAGCCUAUGGUCAUGAUGUAGGGAAACGUCCUUGGAUUAUAGGAGAUGAGACUAUUUUAGGACUUAUGACUGACAUUGUAGGAGCCAAUGAGAAAGAAAUAGCCCUAAUGAAUGGUUUGACUGUUAAUUUACAUCUUCUAUUGUUAUCGUUUUUCAAGCCUACACCCAAACGGUAUAAAAUUCUCCUAGAAGCUAAAGCCUUCCCUUCAGAUCAUUAUGCUAUUGAGUCACAGCUUCAACUUCAUGGACUUAACAUUGAGAAAAGUAUGCGGCUUAUAAAACCAAGAGAGGGGGAAGAAACACUGAGAUUAGAGGAUAUCCUUGAAGUAAUUGAGAAUGAAGGUGACUCUAUUGCAGUGAUCCUGUUCAGUGGUCUGCAUUUUUAUACUGGCCAGCUCUUUAAUAUGCCUGCCAUCACAAAAGCCGGACAAGCAAAGGGUUGUCUGGUUGGCUUUGAUCUGGCACAUGCAGUUGGAAAUGUUGAACUCCACUUACAUGAGUGGGGAGUUGAUUUUGCCUGCUGGUGCUCCUACAAGUAUUUAAAUGCAGGAGCAGGAGGUCUUGCUGGUGCCUUUGUCCAUGAAAAGCAUGCCUAUACAAUUAAACCUGCGUUAGUGGGAUGGUUUGGCCAUGAAUUAAGCACCAGAUUUAAGAUGGAUAACAAACUGCAGUUAAUCCCUGGGGUCAAUGGAUUCCGAAUUUCAAAUCCUCCCAUUCUAUUGGUCUGUUCCUUACAUGCUAGUUUAGAGAUCUUUAGGCAAGCAACUAUGAAAGCACUGAGGAGAAAAUCUAUUUUGCUAACUGGUUAUCUGGAAUACAUGAUCAAGCAUCACUUCAGCCAGGAUAAAGCAGAAACCAAGAAAACAGUUGUGAACAUAAUUACUCCAUCCCAUACAGAGGAUCGUGGCUGCCAGCUAACCCUAACAUUUUCUAUUCCAAUUAAAUAUAUUUUCCAAGAACUAGAAAAAAGAGGAGUGGUUUGUGACAAACGGGAUCCAAAUGGGAUUCGAGUGGCUCCAGUUCCUCUCUACAAUUCUUUCCAUGAUGUUUAUAAAUUUAUCAAUCUGUUCAUUUCUGCACUUGACUCUGCAGAAACAAAAACAGCCGAGUUUUCCAUAGCAACUUAAGCAAAUAAUAUGGAAAGCCUGUGGUUAUUUUAUUACUAUUAUUCAAGUUUUAAUUAUUUCAAAACUGAUUACACAUAACUGGCAAUGAAUUGUAUACUUUAUAGAAAAACAAGACAAUUUUUUAAGGGCCUGUGGCCUUGAGAUAUCUGCAUGGCUGUCCAAUUUCUUGGUGUUUGGUGGAUCAAAGUCUUUACUGGUGCAAGUAUUAUGUACACAGUCUUGAUUAGCUGUCAUAUUUCAUUGUCAAUGAAAUGUGUUUUGUUGGUUUAAUUUAUAAUUUGACUGACAACUUCACAAUGUACGUGGAAAUUUUUGUGUCAAUUUUAGAAAUAUUACUUUAAUUUUAAUUUACCAAAGAGUUUCUUAUAGGCACUGUAGUUGAACAGUCUGAUAUAUGUAUGCUUUUUACAAUGUUCCAUCUAACUCCAAUGUGAGGAACAGAAAAUGCAUUUUCUAGGGCAGUGGCUUUCAAAUAUUUUGGUCACAAUCCACACUAAGGAAUACAUUUAAUAUCAGAGUUUAAUUUGUGUACAAGCCUUAUUUCAUUGAUUCUAAUACACAAUUUUUUUAAUCGUAUGUUAACAUCUGGUAAAGAAGAAAUGUCUUUCAGUUUUCAUUCCACAGCUUCUUACAAUUGCCAUUGGCCAUUCUUUCAUGUUAUCAUCCCUGACAUUACCAUGAUUUUCAUAGUGAGUAGAUAUCAUCCUAGAUCUGGUUUUAAAAAUGGUAUAUAUAGCAACAACAAAAGUUGCAUAAAUUAUUUGCUUGUGCUUUCAUAUUUAUUAUUUUAUCUCAUUACAACUAAUGGUGGUUGAAGCUCAUUAAAUUGAUUUCUUUACUCA